AUUCAACUUCACUCUGCUGCUGUCUCUGCCUGCAACCACCAUGGCCUUUGCUGGGAAGUAUGAGCUGGUCCAUCAGGAGAACUUUGAGACUUUUAUGAAGGCCAUCGGUCUCUCUGAUGAGCUGAUCCAGAAAGGCAAGGACGUUAAGAGUGUCACCGAGAUUGAACAGAGUGGCAAACACUUCAUUGUCACUGUGACCACUGGCUCCAAAGUCUUACGCAAUGAGUUCACCAUUGGGCAGGAAGCAGAGCUAGAAACACCAACAGGGGAGAAGGUCAAGUCCGUGGUAAACAUGGAGGGUGACAAUAAGUUAGUGGUACACCUGAAGGCAAUCACAUCCACCACUGAACUGUCCGGAGACACUAUCACCCAUGUCCUGACCCUGAAAGACCUUGUUUUUAAAAGAGUCAGCAAGAGAGUCUGAGGCAAACGUUUACUGUGUAAAAAAGACCCAAUGAAAACAUUUGUACAAUAUAAAAACUCAUCUCACUGUGUAAAAAUGUGAAAUAAAAUAGUUUAAACAAAAA